CGUCUUCAAUUCUUAUGACAACGCUGGAAGUAAGGGUUGUUGUCCUAUCUGCUAGAUGAGGAAAGCAAGGACUAGGGAACUUGGCCAGGGUCACACAACAUCUAAGUGACAGAUACUGAACCUAUGUUUUUGCCAGGUUCCUAAACUCAACACUGAAGGAAAAAGUAGAGAGACUAGGGCCCCCUGGAGGAAGGUGACAUACACUCCCAGAGGGCGGGGCUGUGGUUUCUCUGAUCUCAGGUCCCUCUCCUCCCCCCAGGCCCCGCCUCUUGCCCCUCCCUGCUCUGCCUGGAAGUGUGUAGUGAGACCUCUUCCUAGGAGCCCCCCCUUCCCCUUGGAGAGAGAAUUGAAUCUCCUCAGUCUCUAACCAAGAAAGGAUCUCCUUUCACCCCAUCACUGCCCCUGCAUCCCCACUGCCUGGUUCCGGGGCUCAGGGGCCACACACCAGUCAAACCAAGAUGACGGUCAAGUUGGAUUUUGAGGAGUGUCUCAAGGACUCACCCCGAUUCCGGGCCUCUAUCGAGCUGGUGGAAGCUGAAGUGUCAGAAUUGGAGACCCGGCUGGAAAAGCUCCUCAAACUGGGCACUGGCCUCCUGGACAGCGGGCGACACUAUGUGGCAGCUGGCCGUGCCUUCAUCACCGGCAUUUGCGAUCUGGCCCGCCUGGGUCCGCCAGAGCCCAUGAUGGCGGAGUGUCUGGACAAAUUCUCUGAGAGCCUGAACCACAAGCUGGACAGUCACUCGGAACUUCUAGAUGCCACCCAGCACACCUUGCAGCAGCAAAUCCAAACCCUGGUUAAGGAAGGUCUCCGAGGGUUUCGAGAGGCUCGUCGGGAUUUCUGGCGGGGGGCUGAAAGCCUGGAGGCUGCCCUGACCCACAACGCAGAGGUCCCCAGGCGCCGGAUCCAGGAGGCAGAAGAGGCAGGAGCGGCUCUGAAGACAGCUCGGGCUGGGUACCGGGGACGGGCACUGGAUUAUGCCCUGCAGAUCAACGUGAUUGAGGAUAAGAGGAAGUUUGACAUCAUGGAGUUUGUGCUGCGCUUGGUAGAGGCUCAGGCGACCCAUUUCCAACAGGGCCAUGAGGAGCUAAAUCGGCUGGCUCAGUAUCGCAAGGAGCUAGGUGCCCAGUUGCACCAGCUGGUCUUGAAUUCGGCUCGAGAGAAGAGGGACAUGGAGCAGAGGCACGUGCUGCUGAAACAGAAGGAGCUGGGUGGGGAGGAGCCGGAGCCCAGCUUACGAGAGGGGCCCGGUGGCCUGGUCAUGGAAGGGCAUCUCUUCAAAAGGGCCAGCAAUGCAUUUAAGACCUGGAGCAGACGCUGGUUCACUAUUCAGAGCAACCAACUGGUCUAUCAGAAGAAGUACAAGGACCCUGUGACAGUAGUGGUCGAUGACCUUCGUCUUUGCACGGUGAAGCUCUGCCCUGACUCUGACAGGCGCUUUUGCUUUGAGGUGGUGUCCCCCAGCAAGUCCUGCCUCCUCCAGGCUGACUCCGAGCGCCUCCUGCAGCUGUGGAUCAGUGCCGUGCAAAGCAGCAUCGCCACGGCCUUCAGCCAGGCUCACCUGGAUGACAGUCCCCGGGGUCCAGGCCAGGGCUCAGGACACCUGGCCGUGGGCUCCGCUGCCACCCUGGGCUACAGUGGGAUGGCGAGAGGCAGGGAGCCUGGGGGAGGUGGGCACGUGGCUGCACAGGUGCAGAGUGUGGAUGGCAAUGCCCAGUGCUGCGACUGCCGGGAGCCAGCCCCCGAGUGGGCCAGCAUCAACCUUGGCGUCACCCUCUGCAUUCAGUGCUCUGGCAUCCACAGGAGCCUCGGAGUUCAUUUCUCCAAAGUCCGGUCUCUGACCCUCGACUCAUGGGAACCGGAACUAGUGAAGCUUAUGUGUGAGCUGGGAAAUGUAGUCAUCAACCAGAUCUACGAGGCCCGAGUGGAGGGCAUGGCAGUGAAGAAGCCAGGGCCCAGCUGCUCUCGGCAGGAAAAGGAGGCCUGGAUUCAUGCCAAAUACGUGGAGAAGAAGUUCCUGACCAAGCUCCCUGAGAUUCGAGGUCGACGAGGUGGCCGGGGGCCCCCAAGAGGACACCCUCCUGUGCCCCCAAAGCCUUCUGUUAGGCUCUGGCCAGGAAGCUUGAAAUCCAAGCCAGAGUCCCCCUCUGAUGACUUGGGCAGCCUGCACCCUGGGGCCCUGCUGUUUAGAGCUGCUGGGCAGCCUCCAUGCCUUCCCACCAUGGCCGACGCACUAGCACACGGAGCUGAUGUCAACUGGGUCAAUGGGGAGCAGGAGAACGCCACGCCGCUGAUCCAGGCCACAGCUGCUAAUUCUCUUCUGGCCUGUGAGUUUCUCCUCCAGAACGGAGCUAAUGUGAACCAAGCAGACAACCACGGCCGGGGUCCGCUGCACCAUGCCACCAUCCUUGGCCACACUGGGCUGGCCUGCCUGUUUCUGAAGCGGGGAGCAGAUCUGGGGGCUUUGGACUCUGAAGGCAGGGACCCUCUCACCAUUGCCAUGGAAACAGCCAAUGCUGACAUUGUCACCCUGCUACGGCUGGCAAAGAUGAGAGAGGCUGAAGUGGCCUUGGGCCAGGCAGGAGAUGAGACAUAUCUUGACAUCUUCCGAGACUUCUCCCUCAUGGCUUCUGACGCCCCAGAAAAGUUGAGCCGCAGGAGUCAGGAUCUCCACACCCUUUGAUCCUCAGACCUUCUGCGGUCCGCACCCCCAGUCCUUUUCCUCUGCACCGCGGCCCUUUUCGCCAUUAAAGCGUCUGUGCUUUGCCCUUCC